AUACGAGACAAACUGAGUAUUUCAAGCAACCUGUUGUCAUUUCAAUAUUUCCAUUUAUCAACAUAUUUUAACUCAAUGUCAAAGAUAAUAGUUCUAGGAAAUUUAUAGUGCUGUAACGACGAGAGAGUGAAAUUCGGAAAAUUUUCAAAGCAUACUGGUCGCUUUGAUACUCCAAACAUCCGAUAAUACAGUUUAUUGUUUAACAAAUUAACGCAAAUGGCAGACCAAUAUGAUACGAUAGAUGCAUAUGAAAUGCGCGAGUUAUCUUCUGAGACAGAAUCAAUAAUCUAUGAAAGUGAUCCUAUUGCCUUUGUAUGCUUAUAUUGUAAGAAAGAUAACAGUACAGGAAAACUCAUAUGUCCAUGUGAAUGCAUUGGCAAGUUUAUACAUAUUGAUUGUUUAGAGACUAUGGUCAAUGUCGGAAGAGUCUCUUAUUGCAUGGAAUGUAAAACUGCCUUCCCGCUGGAAUAUAAGCGCAAACCAUUAAUAGAGUGGUGUAAAAAUGGGCAUGCGGAACUGCGUAAUACAUUAGGAAGAUUCUGUAUUUUUCUUAUUGUAACAAUAAGUGUAAUGAUGUAUAAUAUAAGUAUCCUUUGUCUAAUCGGAUUAUUAUAUACAUUUAUUGAUUUCUCAAAAACCGAAAAUAUUGACGUUUCCAUUAUGAUCAUCUUUGCGAUUAUACGCGAUAUAUUUCUUGUUAUUUUAACUAAAAAGUGCGAAGCAAAGCUAGUGAUCAACAGUAGUAAAAGAUUACAGUAUGCUUAUCGUAUGUGGUGUAGAGAAAAUAGUGACGCAAAAGUGAUAAAAAAUUUGCGUUUUAACGAAAUCACAACUUUAUAAGUUGUACAUAUCUUAUUACUCGAUAUAUUCUUACCUCUCCUAUGACAAGAUUAUCAAAAUGACGUCAUUAUAUUGAAGUAAUGCAACAAUGAAGAUAGAAAAACGAUUAUAGAAUCACUAUUAUUAAAACAGUUUAUAAUUUUACAGAGGAAUAAGCUUUUUACGAUAGAAUAAACACUUGUUUUAUUCUUAUAUCUUAAGAAAUAAUAAUUUAUUAAAUGUCAAAAUUAAUUCAAAAAAUUACUGUUUACAUAUUAACAUAAAGAAGAAUUCCUGUAAUUAAUAUUUUUAGAAGUAUAAAAAAAAAUAGAAUAUGACUAGGAGUAUGUGUAGAUUCUAAAAACAUAAAAAUGAAUUACAUAUCGCCUUUAUAUUCGAUACAUUCAAUAUAUUUUUGUUGUAUAUUAUA